UGGCAAAUAGAUCUGUAGGUGCUGUAAGGUGUAGUUGUGAUAAUUUUAAACUACAAAAUGGAGAUUACACACGGUGUUGGAUAUUUAGCCACAGUCAGCGGUUUGUUAAAACUUAUUGAAAUUAUUUUCGCAUUUUUAUCGAUUCUUCUGAUAACAAUAAACGGAUGGAGAGUGGACUACUUUGAGGCUUUCGUCAUAGGAUUAACAAUCUGCAUGUUUUUAUCCUUAGUUAUGAUCAUAUGCGGAUUGACGGUCAAAUUUGAAACGUUGCUGAAUUAUCAGUCGAUAGUGCACGCUUGCCUGUUCAUUUACACUUUAGUGGUGUCUUCGGUGUGUCUGUCCAAAAAUUAUUUGAACAAAACUCAAGAGGCAGGAGGGGCAUUUGGUUUGAUAACCUCGUUGGUCUAUCUAGGAGAUGCUGUCCAUUCAUAUCUCCAAUACAGGCCAUUCUUCUGAAUCCUUAACUCUAAUUUUAAUAUAUUUUUGUCAUUACGACGAAGUAAAAGAUAUUUAAUGUAGUAUUUAUUUCUUGUUAAAAAUAGAAACCUUUCCAAUAAAAAUCCAUGUAGUUUAACUUUAUCGAAAUUGAUUAGGUUGUCUUAUAAUUCUUACAAAAUCCUAAAAAAUCCAAAUAAUCGUACAAAUCCUAUAGAAGCCCAAAUACUCUU